UACUGCGCGCUCCUGAUCCCAAUCGAUAGCUCGGGUAUCGGCAGCAGGGCUGGCUCGCUGAGUGCACACACCUCCUUCCGCUCUCGAUUGAUUGGCCUGUUGGGACGCAAGAUGGCGGAGAAGAUGUCUGGAGGCUCGCAGAGAGCGGGCUCUAAGCAACCUCUUUUGGAGAGUAAGCUUAAAGCAUUCAGUAUUGGGAAAAUGAGUGCCGCAAAGAGAACACUAAGCAAGAAAGAGCAAGAGGAACUGAAAAAGAAGGAAGAUGAAAAAGCUGCCGCAGAGAUUUACGAGGAGUUCCUUGCUGCGUUUGAAGGAGGCGAUGCCAGCAAAGUUAAAACAUUUGUCAGAGGGGGCAUUGUCAAUCCCACAAAAGAAGAACUCGACCUGGAUGAGAAGAAAGGCAAAUUGUAUAAACCUUCCUCACGGUUUUCUGAGCCCAAACCUCCACAAGCAGCACCUAUUGAGCGAGCACCCCCUCAGAUUAUACUUAUGGAACCUAAGAAACCACCUUUAAAGAAAGGAGAGAAAGAGAAGAAGAAAAGUAAUUUAGAGCUUUUCAAAGAAGAACUCAAGCAGAUUCAGGAAGAGAGGGAUGAACGACACAAAACAAAAGGCAGAAUGAGCAGAUUUGAACCUCCACAAACAGAUGGUGAAGGACCGAGGCGCCCACUGGAUUCUCAAUCAAGGAGAAAUAGAGCCUCCGGUGCUCUUGAUGACUAUGCCCCUGGGUCACAUGAUGUUGGGGAUCCAAGCACAACUAAUUUAUAUCUAGGAAACAUCAACCCUCAGAUGAACGAAGAGAUGCUGUGCCAGGAAUUCGGGAGGUUUGGCCCAUUGGCUAGUGUUAAAAUCAUGUGGCCACGAACAGAUGAGGAGAGAGCACGAGAAAGGAACUGUGGGUUUGUUGCCUUCAUGAACAGGCGAGAUGCUGAAAGAGCACUAAAAAACUUGAAUGGAAAAAUGGUUAUGUCCUUUGAAAUGAAGCUAGGGUGGGGAAAAGCUGUGCCCAUCCCUCCGCACCCAAUAUAUAUUCCCCCGUCCAUGAUGGAGCACACCCUUCCACCCCCUCCAUCUGGUCUGCCUUUUAAUGCCCAGCCUAGAGAACGCCUCAAGAAUCCUAAUGCUCCCAUGUUACCACCACCGAAAAACAAGGAGGAUUUUGAGAAGACUCUGUCGCAAGCCAUAGUCAAAGUGGUUAUCCCAACAGAAAGGAAUUUACUCGCUCUGAUCCAUCGUAUGAUCGAAUUUGUGGUGCGUGAGGGUCCGAUGUUUGAAGCUAUGAUCAUGAACAGAGAAAUCAACAAUCCAAUGUUCAGGUUCUUAUUCGAAAACCAGACACCAGCGCAUGUAUACUACAGAUGGAAGCUGUACUCAAUAUUACAGGGAGAUUCACCUACUAAAUGGAAGACAGAAGACUUCCGAAUGUUCAAGAAUGGCUCCUUCUGGAGGCCACCACCAUUAAAUCCAUAUUUACAUGGCAUGACCGAGGAACAAGAGACUGAAACUUUUGUUGAGGAACCCAUCAAAAAAGGAUCGCUCAAGGAGGAACAAAGAGACAAGUUAGAAGAAGUAUUACGCGGUUUAACGCCACGGAAGAAUGACAUUGGUGAAGCUAUGGUGUUCUGUCUUAACCAUGCAGAAGCAGCAGAAGAAAUUGUAGAUUGCAUAGCAGAAUCACUAUCAAUAUUGAAAACCCCUCUUCCCAAAAAGAUUGCCAGACUGUACCUGGUGUCGGACGUCUUGUUUAAUUCUUCGGCUAAAGUUGCCAAUGCAUCAUACUAUAGAAAAUUCUUUGAAACUAAGCUAAGCCAAAUUUUUGCUGAUUUAAAUGCUGCCUAUAGAGCCAUACAGGGUCACCUACAGUCAGAGAAUUUUAAGCAACGUGUUAUGGCGUGCUUCAGGGCCUGGGAAGACUGGGCAAUUUACCCUGAGCCUUUUCUGAUCAAACUGCAAAACAUUUUCCUUGGUCUUGUAAAUAUAGAAGAAAAGGAACCUGAGGAAAUAGUUGAUGACUUAGACGGUGCCCCAAUUAUUGAGGAAGAAUUAGAUGGAGCUCCAUUAGAGGAUGUUGAUGGACUUCCCAUUGAUGUUGCACCACUUGAUGAUUUGGAUGGUGUACCAUUAAAGGCUCUUGAUGAUGACUUGGAUGGCAUUCCAUUGGAUAUCAAUGAUGAGAAAAAGAAUGAGCCGGUUUUCAAAGUUGCACCGUCUAAAUGGGAAGCUGUAGACGAAUCAGAACUAGAAAAUCAAGCUGUAACAACAUCGAAGUGGGAGGUAUUUGAUCAACAUGAGGCAUCUGAUGAAGACGAAAAUCAAAAUCAAGAAGAGGAAAGUGAUGAUGAUGAUACACAGAGUUCUAAGUCAGAGGACCAACACUACUACUCCAACCCCAUUCGCGAUGACAUGUCUGAUUCCAAAUCCAUGAAAUACUCUGAAAUGAGUGAAGAAAAACGUGCCAAACUUCGAGAAAUUGAGCUAAAGGUAAUGAAAUUCCAGGAUGAAAUUGAGUCUGGUAAAAGGCCAAAGAAGUCCGGGCAAAAUAUUCAGGAACAGGUUGAACAUUAUAGAGACAAGCUGCUUCAGAGGGAGAGAGAAAAAGAAAUGGAGCGAGAAAGAGACAGAGAUAAGAAAGAUAAAGACAAGUUUGAUUACCGAUCAAAAGAGAAGAAAGAGAAAGACGACUCAACACCAACCAGAAAAGAGAGGAAAAGGCGUCACAGUGGAUCUCCCAGUCCAUCACGUAGCAGCAGUAGCAAGCGAGGCAAAUCUCCUUCACCAAAAUCUGAACGGUCUGAAAGGUCGCACAAGGAUAACUCCCGAUCCAGAUCCUCUCAUAAGGACUCUCCCAGAGAUGUCAGUAAAAAGGGCAAAAGGUCGCCUUCAGGCUCUCGAACGCCUAAAAGAUCUAGAAGAUCACGGUCAAGGUCCCCAAAAAAGUCUGUGAAAAAGUCCAGGUCGCAGUCCAGAUCCCCACACAGAUCUCACAAAAAGUCAAAGAAAAGCAAACACUGACCGAACAUCACUCUUGCGUUUUUUUUGUUUUUCUUCUUCUUUUUUUAUGAAGAUGUCAUUUACUGAAAUGUUUUUUUUUUCUCUGUGCCUGAGAAGUCCUAUUAAGAAAAAAUUUAAUAAAAAUUGAGAAAAAAAGCGGUAAAAAUAACAGGUUCCAUAAGGAAGCAUUCCUACAAUUUUUGUGAAUGCAUGUGUAUACUUAUGAACAAUUGCAUCUGUAGAAUUUUGUUGCUGUUUUAUAUUGUAAAAAAUCCCAUUGACUGUG